UAGCUGCAGCAGCUGCGAGAUAAAACGCUCCUCUCUCCUUCCUGCCGGCGUCUGCAGGUCGACGGAGGAAAAGCAGAGCCGCCGGUCGAGGCAGCGGCAGAUCGGCAGGCCUCAAAACACCGAGGCUCAGCUGAGACGGACCCGCUCGUGGUCAGGAGGGGAGGGGGGUCUUCCAGCUGAUCCGGGGACCGCCCAACAUCCUCCUCAGCCUCCGCCGCGUCAGUCGGAUCAGAGCCCGUCUGAAGGUCUCCACCGGAGACGCCUGCUUUUGUUUCUAACCUCUGAUGCUCGGGACUCCUCCGGACACACCGUCCCUUUUGGCUCGGCUCCAGACGCAGAGGAAACGGGUCGACGGCUGCAAGUCUGAGGACGUCCACCCGUCCGCCCCCCCAGGAGCUGGAUCCUGAUCAGAUCAAACCGGACUGGAGGGAAACCAGGACCAGAUAUUUUAAAWAUUUUACCUCGUUGUGACCUGAGCCGUGGAUGUUUCAGGCUGUUGCAUCGUCGCACUGCACCACCUGAUGAAGAGCUUUAUGACUCCUGAGUGUUUCCAACUCUGAACCUCGGGCUUCCUCGUGGAGUUUCAUGUUCUGCUGCUGGUCACGUGAACACGCUGAGGACAGGAACACGUGUCCUGAAGGACUGAGCCAGGCUCUGAUGGAGGCUUCAACGAGCCGUGGGACCUCCCUGCGAUCUGUUGCAUCGGCUGAGUGCUCGCUCCGUCACACACCUGUCCACUCUGACAGGAGGAGACAGGAGGGGAACCCUGAUACCUGUUGUACGGGAGGAGGGGGCUGCUAAUGUCUCUGCUCUUUACGCUGCAGUAACGUUAUCACAGCGAGGCCGAGGCAUCAUUCACGAGGUCACAGAGCUGAAAACAAAUCUCAGCUGCUGGUUGAUCGUUAAAGAACUGAUCCUGAGGAGGCUUUAAAAAGAUGAGAUUCUCAGGUGAGAGGCUCAUCCCACCAGGUAACAACUCACCUGGUCACAAAUCAUCCACUCAGACUGACUUCACUCCCCUCAAGCUGGGGUCCUGAGAGAGCGGGGCUGGCCCCUGCACUGCCUGACUCUGCAGGUUUAACUCUGAUCCGGGUUUCCGCUCCUCAGGAUGGGUUUUACACACCUGUCCUGACUCACCUGCCCGUUUUUACCAGAUAUUUCCGUGUUUUUGAAGUCAUGGGGAACUCCAUGGGCUGUGUCCGACCCUCUCGUGACGGGGAUCCGGACGGGUCGCACCCCCUCCCGUCGAAGAAACGCUCGCGCUUUCGGUUCAAGCGCAAAGCUCCUAAAAGAGGAGCGGAGAAACCAGAGGAGGAGCGAGGAGGAGGAGGGGRUCCUGAGGAUGAAGAUCAACACGCUGCAGUUCCAGAGAGCAGCAGAAGAUCAGCGCCGGACCCCGACUUAAUGUACCCCCACAGCAGCACCCUGAGCGCCGGGCUCCUCAGGACCCCGACCCCCAGCCCCGCCUGGAGGGGGGUGUUCUGUCUUCCUGGGGAGGAGGACACGGUCAGCGCCAUCAUYGACGUCUCCAGCAUCCCGGGCCAGACCGCCGCCACGCCGGUCAACACGCCGGGGGGAGGGAGGGUCUGCCGGGUCAGGGAGAAGGCCCAGGGGGUCCUGGAGAAACCCUGGAUCCUCCAACAGGAGGAGAGGGACGAGAGCAGAGCAGACAGAGACGGACCCACUCAGGACGUGGACGAGCCGUCUGACAGGGAGCGCAGAGGGGUGGUCCACAUCCGGGAGGUGGGCGGUAAGCUCUGCAUGGUCAGGACAGCGUACCCCACCAACUAUGGCUCCCCGGUGUGGAGCGGGGACGGAGUCGGUGACGUGGAGGUCCUCAAAGACYGUCCCGCUUCGACCCCCAUCGUGGAAAGCUUCCUGAAAGUCCAACUGUUGGACAGCAGGACGUCCUCCAAGCUGCAGGUGGACCCUUCGGGGAAACCGUCUCUGUUGGAGUCGGGGUACUCCAGCGAUCUGCCGCUGACGUCUCCGGAAACCGCAGGGACCACCCCGAGUCAGACGGACUGGGGGGGUCUCACCAGCAGCUCCUCAGAGAGACUGGACUCCACGAUGGACAGUCCUCUGGUGCCGCGGCAACAACUGGCUGUAAAACACCUGCCGCAGAUCACCAUCAGUCGAGGAGAGGAGUGCGUUCUGGAGGACAACUCUCAGAGGACCAAGUGGAAGGUGAUCAGCCCGACGGGGAACGAGGCCAUGGUCCCCUCCGUGUGUUUCACCGUCCCGCCUCCCAACCAGGAGGCUGUGGACACAGCCGGCAGGGCGGAGCAGCUGUACCAGAAGGUCAUGUCUCUGUGGCAUCAGCUCCAUGUGAACAUGAAGAGUGUGGUUUCCUGGAACUACCUGCUCAAAGACGUCCGGACCGUCUCYGGGUGGACUCUGGACUCGGUUCGCAGCCAGAGUCCGUCGGAGCGCCAACACGUCCUGGACCAGCUGCAGUCCCAGCUGGCCGACUUCCUGUCCGACAGCAAGGAGAGCUCCCUGUUCACGCCCGCUGAGAGGAGGGAGCUGGAGAGGGAGGUGGAGCAGGCGCAGCAGCACUGCCAGGACCUGCUGCUCAACAUGGAGUCAGUGGAGAAGGACGAGUCUGUGUCCCGGGCGUACCUGUCGGAGCUGCAGAACAUCACUCUCCAACUGGACCAGGCCGAGCAGAGGCUGUUGAGGAGGAUUGAGGCUCCGCCCCCCAGCCGGCUGUCAGGCGGUGACAUCGACAGCACGCUGCAGAUCGCAGAGCAAGAGACGCUGCAGUCGGAGCUGGACGCGCUGCGCUCCAGUUUGGGCGACGUGUCUCGACGCUGCGUCGGGUUCUUCCAGGAGAAGUCGGCGUCCCCCGGCGUUCCCGCUCUGCGCUCGGAGCUGGGUCAGGCGGUGGACCGGAUGGAUAAAGUGCACCACCUGUCAUCUGUCUACCUGGAGAAGUUGAARACUGUGGAGGUCCUGCUGCGGCGCCUGGAGGAGGCGGAGAGCCAGGUCAGGAAGUACGAGAGCAGACUGAGCGAGGAGGACAUGGUUCCUGCGGACACAGCAGCCAUUCAGAACCUGAGAGACCAGCUCGGGCGCUGGCAGGCGGAGGCCACCGAACAUGAAGAACUCUUCCAGGUCCUGCAGGGUCAGGUGGAUCGGGCUAAAGAGGCGGGGUCUCAGCUCAGCAGGCUGCACUCGGACCGGAGCCCCGAGCUGGAGCGCUACCAGGAGAGAGCCAAUCAGACGGCAGAGAGGUGGAGCAGCAUCAGAAGACAGAUAGAAACACGACGGGCCGACCUGGAGUCGGUGGGCUCGUCGCUGCGGCAGUACAGAGACGGACACUCGGAUCUGAUCCGGUGGAUCGAAGAGACGACAGAGAGACAAGAGAGCGCACAACCCGGACAGACGGACAGCCGGGCUCUGUCUGAACAGCUGGCCCAGCAGACGGCUUUGGUGGCAGAGAUCGAACAGAACCAGRCCAAACUGGACGAGUGUCAGACUCACUCCAAACAGUUCUGCACCUCGGUCAAGGAUUAUGAGCUGCAGCUGAUGACGUACAGAGCCUUCGUGGAGUCGACGCACAAGUCACCUGUGAAGAGGAGGAGGAUGCCCUCUUCCUCUGACRCCAUCACUCAGGAG